CUCCCACUGGCCUUGAACAUGACACACCAGACAAUGAAGAGCAAAACAGUCAUUGCAAAUGAUGCUAAAUCAUUCCACAGAUCACCCAUAAUAUGAUCAUAAAACCCCCACUACCAAAACCCUCUCUCUCUCUCUCUCUCUCUCUCUCUCUCUCUCUCUCUCUCUCUCUCUUAAUUUCUCUAUCUUUUCUUGCAAUCCAAGCCUCGUUUCAAUUUAUACCCCAAAACCCAGAAACAGAAAUCUCAGUACCUUGCUCCGAUUGAACCAGAAAUCAAUCAUUUCAGAUUAAGAAUGAGUUCCACCUGCAUAUCGAGCUGCGUCAACGAUGCCAGGGUCCCCGUCAGAGCCACCUACGUGAACCUCUAUAAGUGGCCGGAAUCCGACGCCGAGUUCGUGCGAUCGGUGGGCUCCGCAGCGCGCGGCGGCGCCGUCGGCCGGCCCAGGGUUGUGGACAGCAUCUCCUGCCGGCAGAUGUACCUGAGGAGCUACACGUUCUCCAGGAAGGAGACCGUGCCGGAGAAGACCAGGAAGUGCUUGGGCAGAGUGAAGGAGAGGGUGACCCACGGCGGCAGGCGGCGUCGGACCGGGGGUGAGGGAGGAGGCGGCGGGCGUCGGAGGAGGUGCCGGGUGAUGAGCAGGGUGAAGGAGGUGUCGUGCGCGGCCUUGUACGCCAUAUUCCACCGGCUGCUGUCAUGCACCACGACCGUAGAUGUCAUCGACGGUUAAGACUGAAAAAGAUCAGUAAUAAUUUUUGGAAUUUUUGUUUUGGUUAAUUUGAGUAUUUAUAAAUAUAAAGAACAUGGUGUAUUUUCUUUUGACUUCCUGCUGAUCUUCUUCUUCUUUUUUUUCCUCAAUUAUGAUUAUUUUUGAGUUAAAUAGAUGUGUUUUCCCCCUUUUGCUAAUUUCCUUUGUAUAAAUUGCAUGUUGUGAUGGAUAGAAGUUUUCGUGAUUUGGUGUUUCUAGAUUA